CUGCACUUACCCAUUCUUCUUUGUUCCAGCAGCUAUUCUGCUCUAGCAGCCACAUCUGCAGGGCAACAUGGCAUUCACAGGCAAAUACGAAUUCGAAAGUGAUGAGAACUAUGAUGACUUUGUGAAGAAGAUUAGUCUCCCCGCUGACAAGAUCGAACUGGGAAGGAAUUGCAAAAUAGUCACUGAGGUGGUGCAGAAUGGAAAUGAUUUCACCUGGUCUCAGCAUUUCCCAGGAGGACACACCACAACUAAUUCAUUCACUAUAGACAAGGAAGCAGACAUGGAGACAAUGGGUGGUAAAAAGUUCAAGGCAACUGUUAAAAUGGAAGGUGGAAAAAUAGUAGCUGAAUUUCCCAACUAUCGUCAUACUGUAGAGAUUUCUGGAGGAAAGCUUGUAGAGAUCUCCACUUGUGCUGGAGUAGUCUACAAGAGAACCAGCAAAAAGAUUGCUUAAAAAAAAAAAAAAAAAAAAAAAAGUCAGUCUUAUGGUACACUCAAAAAUAAGCAGCAAUACAAAUAAAAACAAUUCUGAUCUAUUCUGA